GCCGGGGCCACUGGCGGCGGCGGCGGCGUUGGCGGAGGCGGCGGGACUAUGGAGACGGCAGCCGCUGCUCCGCUCCCGGGGCUGCUGUUCCUCCUGGUGCUGGCCCCGAGAGCCGCGGCAUUGCAGUGUUUCUGUCAUCUUUGUACCAAGGACAAUUUCACUUGUGUCACAGAUGGACUUUGUUUUGUCUCUGUCACAGAGACAACAGACAGAAUUAUACACAACAGCAUGUGUAUAGCUGAAAGUGACCUAAUUCCUCGGGACAGACCAUUUCUUUGUGCACCAUCCUCAAAAACUGGGUCUGGCACUACAACAUACUGCUGCAAUAAGGACCACUGCAAUAAAAUAGAACUCCCAACUGGCAGCCCUUUUCUAGGAAAGCCAUCACCUGGCCUUGGUCCCGUGGAGCUGGCAGCUGUCAUUGCCGGGCCAGUCUGCUUUGUCUGCAUCUCACUCAUGUUGCUGGUCUACAUCUGCCAUAAUCGUACUGUCAUCCACCACCGGGUGCCAAAUGAAGAGGAUCCCUCCUUAGACCGUCCUUUCAUCUCAGAGGGCACUACGUUGAAAGACUUGAUCUAUGAUAUGACAACAUCAGGUUCUGGGUCAGGUUUACCAUUGCUUGUUCAGAGAACAAUUGCAAGAACUAUUGUGUUACAAGAAAGUAUUGGCAAAGGUAGAUUUGGAGAAGUUUGGCGAGGAAAGUGGAGAGGAGAAGAGGUUGCUGUUAAAAUAUUCUCCUCUAGAGAAGAGCGUUCCUGGUUCCGUGAGGCAGAGAUUUAUCAAACUGUAAUGUUACGUCAUGAAAACAUCUUGGGAUUUAUAGCAGCAGACAAUAAAGAUAAUGGUACCUGGACUCAGCUCUGGUUGGUGUCAGAUUAUCAUGAGCAUGGAUCUCUUUUUGAUUAUUUGAACAGAUACACAGUUACCGUGGAAGGAAUGAUAAAACUGGCUCUGUCUACAGCAAGUGGACUUGCCCAUCUCCACAUGGAGAUUGUUGGUACCCAAGGAAAACCAGCCAUUGCUCAUAGAGAUUUGAAAUCAAAGAAUAUCUUGGUAAAGAAGAAUGGAACUUGUUGUAUUGCAGACUUGGGACUGGCAGUAAGACAUGAUUCAGCCACAGACACAAUUGAUAUUGCUCCAAACCAUAGAGUGGGAACAAAAAGGUACAUGGCCCCUGAAGUUCUAGAUGAUUCCAUAAAUAUGAACCACUUUGAGUCCUUCAAACGUGCUGACAUCUAUGCAAUGGGCUUAGUGUUCUGGGAAAUAGCUCGACGAUGUUCCAUUGGUGGAAUUCAUGAAGAUUACCAGCUGCCUUACUAUGAUCUUGUACCUUCUGACCCAUCUGUUGAAGAAAUGAAAAAAGUUGUUUGUGAACAGAAGUUAAGGCCAAAUAUUCCCAACAGGUGGCAAAGCUGUGAAGCCUUGCGAGUAAUGGCUAAAAUCAUGAGAGAAUGCUGGUAUGCCAAUGGUGCCGCUAGGCUUACAGCCCUACGAAUUAAGAAAACACUGUCACAGCUCAGCCAGCAGGAAGGCAUUAAGAUGUAAGGCUGCACUUUUGCUUGAACUUGCCUUUUCCUUCACAUCUGCUCCUGGGUGUAAUCCAGAAGGUCGCUUGUUCUACCUCACUGAGAGGGAACAGAGGAUAUUGCUUCCUUUCACAAGGGUGUGAUAAGGCCAACUGAGAUCUCCCCCAGGACUUCUCUGGACCCAGGAAAACAGCCAUUGUGGGUCCUUUCUGUGCACUAUGAACACUUCUUUCCCAGGACAGUUACAAAAUGUCAUGUAGUCUACCUUUAUUUUUUAUUAACACAGAACUUGUUUUUUAAAAGAUGAUUGCUGGUCUUAACUUUAGGUAACUCUGCUGUGCUGAAGAUCAUCUUCUAAGGGUAAAAAGAGCUGGAUUGCUGUUAUACAAAAAAUAAAACAAAACCUGACAUUUCUUAUUUUUAAAGAAAGUGAUUUACUCCUGGUUAGUACAUUCUCA